UGAUAACUCUACAAUAAAACAAUACGCCUGAUAUCGUGCUGCACUAGCAGAGUAUAUAUUGAAUAGUGAGGUUCGUCGAUUAUAAUUAGUUAGGUACACCACGAGAAGAUGAGAGCAAGGAAAUGUGACACGUAGUGUGGGGAAGUAUCUAUGCUGUACCUUGUCAAUCAGCUAGUGAAAGUCGACAGUACAGUGUUGUAAAGGCGACGUAUCUAUAGGCUCUUGACGCGCAGGCCACUGCCGGGUCAUGGCAAACGCCACUGUGAUAUUACGUAAUGGGUAGUGAGAAGCGGUUUUAAUGUUGUUUCUGACCGUCAUUGAUUGCCAGUUCGUGGACGCGCAUCAGCAGACUUAUACUUACUAUCAAGACAGCCAAGGUACUAAUUUGGUGAUAAUUAUUGGUAAAACUCCGAGGGUAUCGCAAUGAUUUUGGUCAAAAUUCUGACAAUAUACAAUGUAAUAGUAUCGUGUCAGAUCUGCAUCUAUCACGCUUCAUUCAGUUUUACUUUCGAACCAAACUUGGGAUAAGAUUAUGUUGAUAAUGAACAGUGCAAAUUAUAAAAUAGUGCAAUAAUCGAAGAUUAUUUUUCUCUCAAUGCUGUAUGAUCUCUUAAAGUUGAAGUGAGUUGUAUAUUUCAUGAAUACUAGUUCUUGUUACUUGUCAGUAAACAGUAUAUCAAAUCCUGCCAACGGUUGUUUUUUUGCUCAUUCGGAGAACAUCGAUUUUGAAAAUGCCGGGACGCGUUAACAGCGAGAAUGUGUUUACAUACGAGACGUUGGUUCAUGCUCUCUCGGGGGCAGCGGGAAGUGUUGUGGCAAUGACGACGUUUUUCCCGCUCGACACGGUGCGCAGCAGACUACAACUUGAAGAAGGCCGUGAAGCUAAGAACACGGUGACCAUUAUUCGGGAGCUGAUUAGAAAGGAAGGAUUCUCGACAUUGUACAGAGGAAUGAUACCGGUACUUCAGAGUCUCUGCGCCAGUAACUUUGUCUACUUUUACACUUUCCACGGCCUCAAGAUCUUGCGAAGCUCUAGGGGACAGAAUGCUGGAAAUGAUCUGCUUAUGGCUUCAAUCGCUGGUAUAAUUAACGUUUUAACGACAACUCCACUGUGGGUCGUCAACACAAGGCUAAAGAUGAAAGGAAUUGAAUCUCACCACGAACACAACAGGACCAACUUCGAUACACUUUACGAGGGUCUCAUCUACAUUUGGAAAACGGAAGGUAUCCAAAAACUAUGGGCUGGGACUUUACCGAGUUUACUUUUGGUCUCGAAUCCCGCUAUACAAUUCAUGACCUACGAGGCUAUUAAGAGACGAAUUGCGAAAAAUUUCGGUACAGUGCCUCCACCAGCUGUUGUGUUCUUCGUAAUUGGAGCCAUUGCAAAAACUGUCGCCACUACUGUGACUUAUCCAUUACAACUGGCUCAAACCAAAUUAAGGCAUGGCCACAAGUAUUCUGAUUUAUCGCCUAAAGCUGGUACCCUACAAAUUCUCCUUCAUAUUUUCAAGAGAAACGGAAUUAGCGGCUUAUACAAAGGAAUGGAGGCGAAGAUUUUGCAAACCGUCCUGACAGCUGCUCUGAUGUUCUCGGCUUACGAAAAAAUUGCUGCGUUUGUAUUCAAACUAUUAUUACGGAAGCAAUAUUUGUGAUGGAAAAAAAUUGAUCAAUACGGUUGCAUUAACUUUGUAUAUAAGACAAGGAACAUUUUAUGAGUAAGGUAUACGAAAGGGUGACAAUAAUUAUAGGUAGACGAUGAAUGAAGUUGCUUAUUAUAUGCUAUUUUCAGAGUAAAAAUGCAAAAAAAAUCUGUAACUAUGAGAUUUUAGAGGGCACUAGCGCUACUAUCUGAAAAAAAGUUCAAAUCAUCGUACCAGGCAGUCUCAGCACUCUUUAAAUGAAAAAAGUCAGAUUUAGUCAAUGUUGAGAUGAAAAUCUGAAAAAAUUAGGGUAUUUGUUAAAAAUUAUUUCGAGCCGAUUUAAGGUGCGGCCCGGGAAAAAUUCACCAACAGCCUAAACUAGGACUGCCGUAAUAUACGAGUACAUAUGCAUACGUGCAAGCUACCAAUAUGUUAUUACUUUUAUGAAAUUUACGGUAUGGAGGUGUUUCUAACAUACAUUCUAAUUUGUGAUGAAUUCGUGACUAGGGGAAUAGAUAGGGAGAUAAUUCGUCGAUGCUGGUCAAGGUUUGAUGGUUUGAUGGUUUAUUGAUAUCUUUCCCAUGGCAAUGUUGGAAAAUAACAAGAAAGGUAUACAAAGUUGAGCUAUAUUCAUAGUCUCAAAUCCAAAAACUUAGCCUAGUUUGAAAUCUAGUGUAAAGAGAAGCACAGAAUAAGGACAGAGAACUACGACAUAGACAGGAGUAGAAAUAUAGAGAUAGAAGGAUACAAAAAUUGGAAGAGUGAAAGACGGCAAAGACAAUGUUAGAAAAAAAAAACAAAUAGAAUAAAAAUAGAAUAAAGUAGAAACAUAAAAACAUGAGAAGCAGGAAGUAGAGAAAUCUAAAAUCUAAAUGAAGAAUCGCCAUCAGGAGUAAGUCUCUUUUAUCCGGAAGAGAUGCUGAUAGAGUGCACGUUUAAGACAUCAAGCGUCAAGAUAGACCUGAGUUCAGUCCGUGUGAUGGCCUGGUUGCAAGACAACGGAGUCCGAGAUCUGCGAUCGGAGCCAGGUUUCAGUCACAGCUAGCAGCGGCCGGAAAGGCGAGAGAGGCAGUGGAGGUAGCUACGGGGAAUCGAGCCUCGAAAGCAGCCAGAGCGGCAGCCGAUGAGAUGCGCUGAAUAGGAGAGCCGUCAGAUUUUCGUAGGAGAAGGUGUGAUACUGUUUAUUGAUUUCACUGCUACAACACGUAGACAGACACUGGUUGUCAAAUUUUCCUGAAGAUGGUCGGCAGGGCACGGCUGAAACGCUGUAAAAUCAAUAAACUGUAUCACACCUUGACCAGCAUCGACGAAUUAUCUCCCCAUACAUUCCAAUGUUGGUCAAAAUCAAAGAUACUGUGUAAUACUGAACGGAUCACGUAUAUGUGUGUUAGGAUAUUGAGUUUGGGCCCCUUCGCCGUCCAGCGCGAAUUCUCAUAGCUGGCUAUUGGGAAUAAUAAGGCGUAACUUCUUGAUAAAACCAGAUGUGUGUAUUGGACUAUUGAGGAUUACGAUAAAUUAUUCAGGACGCGAGAGUUUUAAAGAUUUCACUCUAAUUUAAAACCAAAAGUUCUUCAGAAUAAGUGAUGGAGCAUGCUUGUAGUUGCAAAAAUACAUCAAUACCUACGUGCGACCGUUUUUGUAAGCGUUAUUAAAGAAAGAUGAAUAUAUAUUUAAAAAGCGUUACACAUAUUUACACAGAGAGAAUAUGACCCGUACUUUAUGGUUCAAUGUAAUGUACUUGAAAUGAUUUGCAGCAAUCACAUGGAGUGGGCGCGUAUAGGUAUUUAUUUGCACUAUACAUAAAUAUUUUUAUUUAUUGAGAAAAUCAAAUAUUGUACACUUGGGGUCAAUGAAUCUGAGACGGCUAAUUUUUUGCACAAGAUAGUUAUGUUGGCAACACAGAAAAACCUACAGUGUCAUAGUCAGCCGUGCGCGAAUUUGGAUGUUGGAUUGAACAAGUCAUUAUGCAUCCUAGCGGUAUUCUAAGGUUUUAAGAUUCGACGGUCAUGGGUUAUGUUAUAUUUAUUGAGAUUGAGUCUAUUUUGCGCUCGGCCGACUAUGGCGCUGUAGGUUUCUCUUUGUUGCCAACAUAACUGUCUAGUGUAAAAAAUUAGCCGUCUCAGAUUCAAUGUCCUCAAGUGUACAUUGAAUUUGCUGUACUUAAACGAAAUAAAGUGAAAAAAAAUUAUUAAA